AUGGCACCAUCGUCAUCCACACCGAACAAUAUGAAUACCGAAGAUACCCCCAACAUCCCAUGUCUCACCGUGACAGAUCUCAAAGACUCCUCCUCUUUUCCCAACCUCUGGUAUCGAAUACACGUUUUAGUUGCCGACCUCAAGAGCUUUGACAAACCAGCUUCUAAUAAACGGCUCGAAAGGAUCGUUGAUCCAUCUUUCAUCGGCGAACCGUACUUCACCCCGAAAGAAGCAGAUACAAUAAAGAAGACCAUGAUCGACGGCAAGGAAUUCACACAGUUCGUUAAAGAGGAACUUGAUAAGCGUCUCGAUCGACGUAGCAAGAAACGUUCCGAAAGCGGUGACUUUCGUAUCUGUGCUGCCCAUGAUCUUGCUCCUAUAAUGGCACAAGCAUUGGAUAUCGACUUGAAGCGGUUAGAGAAGGACAAAAAUUUUGCAAACCUGGUUGAGGAAAAGGGACUUCACCUGGGAGGGGAAAGCUGGAGUGGGUUGGAGAAGAAGUUAUUCUCUCCCAAGAAAAGAAAACAUUGA